AUGCCUCUGGUGCUGCUUUGUGAGAUUCUGCCACGCUACGUGGCCCCACGGAACCUCCCGAGUGCAGGCUUCUUCCCCUUCCUGCAGACCCUCAUGUGCAAUACUGACAGUACCUGCUCCAACAAGUCCUACCUUUUGCACAGGGACUUCCAAGCCUAUGCCACCAACAGGAGCCAGCGGAGACGCAGGGAGGUGGAUAACCUUAGUUCAUCAUUGCUAUCUCACCUACUGCUACAGAGGAGAGGUCUGAACCAUGCAAUCCUGAAGAGAGACACGUCCGAUCAGUCACGGACCCUUGGGCUAUGGGAGAGAAUGCUCAAUUCCAGCCUGGAAGACCCAACAAACAUGAAUUCAUCUAUCAUAGAUGUUUUGAACUCCACCAUAUUGGCUGAUGAGGUCACACUGAGUAUCAUCCUGGAGUCCAUGAGCAUCCUGAAAAGGUCCUUCUGUGAUUUCUCCAUGUCUGGCAUCUCCAUAUCAACAUUAUCCAAGUCUGAGCCACUCGCCUCCAUGCUGGUCAAGCUCUGCGGGACUGAUGACCCUGCGCCAGAAGUGCUGCUCUCUACCUUCCACGAGGUUAUGGCGCAACUGCUGUUUCUGAACCCAUCGGCCAUGAUUGGCUGGUUUGAAACAGCUGUGGUGGCGAUGGACCAACUACAGCAGCAGACCUCGCUGUGGACCUUCCUCCUGGAUCUGCCUGACCUCUUUCUGAAGCCCACUUACCAGGAGGGGCUCGCAGAUGUACCUAAGAAGCUGGUGAUGCUAAAACAGGCCUUGACUUCAGUUAAGACCAGCUUCCCACAAGCUAAUACUUCUGUAGACAUGCUCAGCCCUUUUGUUGAAGAAAGCAUUGACCUCCUCGGCUUCCUACAAACCUGGCAGGGCAGAGAUGUCAGCAUCUCCCUGUCUGAUGUGUUGAUGCCAUUUAACAUGUCUCUGGUUAGCCCAGAGAUGGCCAGACAUGUUGAACAACUUCAGAUCCCCCUCAGUCAGGUGCUUGUACUGAUCAACAAAGAAGACUUCCAGAACUUUCUAUGUACCAACAACACUGCCCUUGACUGUAGCACACUGGAGGUUGACAUGAUAUACGGGUCGAUAAGCCAAGAGAAGGUUAUCCUGCAGGUCUUUUUGGCCUGGACUCGGUCUGCUGCCCCCGAUGACAUGGACGACAGUGCCAGCCACCCACAGACCUUGCAGGAGCAACUACUCCUAAGUGCUGGCAAUACUGUGAUAGUCAUGCUCCAAGGCAUGCCUGUCUUGGAUCACAUUAAUGCUUUCUUGAUGAAAGUGCAUUCCUCUAUGCAGAUUGCCACAGCAGCUAUGGAGGCACAGAUAGCUUACAUUCAGCCUAUGUUGCAGAAGGCUGAAAAUCUUCAGGCGACCAUGUUUCACACGCUGAACCAGACUGCAGCUGAUACCUGGGUCUGCGGUACCCUAGAUUCUGCAGUGCAGACUGUGAUCAAGGUUCUGAUGGGGGAUGCAGAAUGUCCUGACCCGGCUGAACACUUGGGCUGGAUGUCUGCAUACAGCUCCAUGAAUCCUGAGUUAUAUGCUGCAUUGGUGUGUCCUGGCAGCAGCUCUUAUCUAGGAGAUGGGUCUCCUCUGGUAGUGAAGGUUGAUCAGUUAACAAGUGUGAUUGAGGGCACUUUGGUAUACAAUGUCACACCCUCCAUGAUUCUGACUGAAUGGCACAGGCUAUAUAAUACUUCAUUGCAACAUGGGGCCUCCUACCAGAGGUUUAUUAAUGAGCAGCAUCACUGGAAUUUCCUCUCAGAAUGGAUAUCAUACAACACACCGGUUGACUGGUUCAAGAUCCUUCUAACCAGGGGUUUGAAAGCAUUUGGAGAGGUGGGACCACUACUUCAGAAUAGCUCUCAGUGGUUAUCCCUGGAGCCGCACUUCCAAAUGGCCUACUGGAUUUUAACCUACCAAGCUAAUGGCACUGCACAACCAAACUGUUCUCUUGCUUCAGAUGGCAUUGUUUGUCAGGCUGGAUUCACAUGGGAGAACUUUAUUCCAGUGGUUGAAUCACUGCUCAUGGAAGUCAGCAUAAAUCCAGCUGCUCUGUUAAGACCUAUUGCGGGAGCAGAGGCUCUGUUGCAAAGCCUCUAUAGAGACACCUACAUGGAUCUCCUACAGAAGUUCCUUAGCAACUCCACGCAGCGUCCUGAUACUGGGAUACUAGAGGAUCUCACUAAUUUGUUGGACCAGAACCUUCAGGUCUUCAUGAACAUCACAUCCAUUUACCAGCUUAAUGACCAAGUCUUGCUGGACAUUCUAAAUGACAUCAUGGAAUCCUUUGGAAUGUUGAGGCUGGAGGAGAAACAGUCAGAGUCUACCCAGAGCAAUGACCUUAAUGCUGUGGUUAUGAACAUUAUCCAACUCUUGAGCCCAGAUUCCAAUCUGACACUUAACAAUGAGGGCCAGUUUGCCGUUCUGGAUGCCAUCUUCCGUGGACUGCAAGAUCUUUUGCCUCCCCAUCAUCAUAUCCAGUUAGAAGAUCUUCUAAAUCACACACUUGCUUUAUUUAGAAAUUUGGAAGCCUGUUCAGCUACUGCUCAGGCCUGUCUGGCUGAAGUUCCACAGGUGUGCCAGGCCUUGUCGUUCCUUGCUGAAGUGAUGAAGGGGGGCGCAGAUGUCAACUUCACAGUAGCUCCCUUUCAGAACAACAUGACUCUGCCUCUGACCAAUCUCAUUAUUAACCUUCUCCUCUUGGAAACUCUUAACAUGUCAUGGUGUCUGGACCCACAGCCUCAGAACACAACAUCCCCCAUGGAUUACCCAGGUUCCGAUGAGGCAGAUUUGAAAUUAAUCAGAAAUGCAGCAAUGACUCUACUACAGAAUCAGCUGCAAGUGAUCAAGGUUCAACAGAUGUACUAUGACUCCUUGGGCCUCCACGAAAACAUGAGUAUUCCGUAUGACAUUGAAGCUCAGAUCAUGACCUACCUCAAUCUGACACAAGAUUGGAUCAUAAAUCCACAGCUUACAACAGCCAUUGUCAGAAUCCUUCAGCUGUGCAGUGCCUCUGGGAAGCAACAGGUCCAAUUAGAAGUUCUUCUAAACCGCAUACAAGCCAUGGGGAGAGACCUAGCCCUCUGUUCACCUGCUGGUUGGAACUGCCUAGCUGAAGUUCCACAAGUUUUCCAGACCCUAACUUUACUUGUUGAAAUGAUAAAAGAAGGAGCAGAUGUCAAUAUCACUAUAACACCUUUACAGGACAACAUGACUCUGCCUGUCACUGGUCAUAUUCUUAACUUUGUCCUAGCUUGGAACAUGUCCUCCACAAUAGACACUGUCAGUAAUGUCCUCUGUCUCCUUGAGAAAUUGUCUGCUACUCCCAGUGUCAAUGACACCAGUAUUCAGCAAACACUCCAAGUCUGCAAUCUCACCAUGUUUGAACUGGAACAAUUUGAACACCUAACAAAAGCUUUUUCCUUGCCUCUUCUACUGUCAGAUCUUAUGGAGGUAAUCAAUAAUUCCCAAUGUCUAGACCAUCAACUCCAGGACACAUCUGUUCAAGGAAUACCAGGUUCCAAUGAGACACAGUGUGUUGUGAGGUUGAUUAAGGGAGUGGUUGGCUUUCUUCAGGCCAUACCCAUGUCUAACAGUUCUCAGGCACUCCUUUCAGAACACCUUCAAAUGGUGUAUGCACAGAUAACGAAACUCUUGAAUUCAUCUAUCCCAGAGCCUAAAGCUUUUGGUGUGACUGAGGAGGUUUUGACUGGAAUGCUCGCGGAUAUAAAAUGGAGUCUUCAGAACUUUAUUGUGGAGAAUGUGACCUCAGUCACAAAUUAUAUCCAAAUAUUGGAGGACAUUUUAUAUGUGGCAUUCCAUGAACAGUACCCAUAUAGCAAGAUCAACUCUACACUGAUGUCACAGAAUGCAUAUGCUCAGUUAGUGUACAAUGAGAUUGCACUAUGGUAUUUGCAGAAGCUGGAUAAUACCACCAGUGGAAGUGUGUUCAGAGAUCAUCUCAACCCAUACAUUCGCCUGGCAGAAAUGCAGAUUUUAAUUAACAUUGCUCAGUCCAAUUUCUCCACACUAGUAUCUAACCAGAUUCAAGACUUGAUCCUUAAUGUGAAACCUCCCAUAGAUGAGACACAGCUGAACAGAAUCAGCAAAGCGUUAGCAACCAUACUGCAGGGUCAGAUGGAGCUGCUAAAGAUUGAGCAGGCAUACUAUGAUUCAGUGGGUUUCCAGACGAACCAGACCAUAUCUGCUAACAUUGAAACUCAGAUUUUGAACUACCUCAACCUUACCAAAGACUGGAUAACAAACCCACAACUCACACUGGCCUUUGCCAAAAUACUUCACUUGACCAACAGUACUGUUAAUAUCACUACCACAGGUAUGGACUUUGAACAGCUGAUGGAAGCUUUGGCAUCACUGCUUCCUGCUGAGGACCGGGCCUAUUUUGAUGUGGUCAGACAGGUCUAUCAGGGUUUGAACUAUGCCAUGCAGCUGAGUAACACUGAUGGUGGCCUGCAGAGUGACAAUUUCACAACAGCCGUCAUGAAUUCCGUCAGUUUGGUCUUGGAGAAUAUCUUUAAUGGGACUAAUCCACUGACUCAACCUGUGGUUGAUGAUAUUGCAGGAGCUCUCCACAUUUCACUUCAGCUGCUUCUGAACCCAAAUGUGAACUAUUCUCAAGUUCAGGACUUCAUUGUCCAAGUGGCACUUAGAGUAGAAAACGUAAUCAGUGUACUGGCCCCAGAGUCUGCUAAAGUUGUUACUCCCAUGAUCAAUAACAUUAUGUCAUACAUAAGCACCAUCUCUAAGGCUGGUGGACCUGGCGAGUGGAAUGAAGUGUGA